UCGAGGGUGAGGACGUGGCUCGGGAUUUUCCGGAGGGAGGCGAUUCCCUUCGGCUCCUUUCGGAGGACCUUCCUGGGCAGGUGAGGAAGAGGAAGAGGAUGCGAGGCGGAGGGCUCCAUUUCCUCAGAGAGAGAGAGUGAGAGAGGGUCUCUGAGCGGCCAGGAUUGAGAUUCUCAUUCAUUCUCUCCUCGUAAGAAGAUCAGACAAACCAUUCAGCUGGCCAGAUUCACAGAAGACAAUUUCAUAUUAUCCAGAAAAAAGAAAGAUAGAAUAUUCCUGAGUGGAGUUGAUCUUCCCAGCAUAAUAGAUGCUAGCUAAUGCUAUGUUUUGGAUGAAAAAUAGGCUACAAAAGAAGACAAAAUUUCUAAUAAAAAAGAAUACAGAAGAGCUUGCAAUGCUUAGCAUAUUUUGUUUUCAAGCUUUCCGGAGGUUGAAUUCAUAUUUGGUUAUGUGGUCCAAUAGUAUACUAUGGAUGAGAGCUAAUUUUUAUUAAUUAGUCUUGCUGCAUUGUAUUUGAGAUGCAAAAAGCAUAUGACAGAAAGUGGGGCAUAACUUCUGAGUGCUUUCAUACAGUUAGCACUAGAAACUGGACAAUGAAAGUAAUGGGAUUUAUUUGCUUUUGGAUGUUAGUGUUGUUACUUUGCUGUCAGCUGAUUACCUCUGCAGAACAUGAUGAUAUAGUGAAACAUGCAAUAAAGCUGCAUCGUGGGAAAGGAGCUGCUAUGACGCAAAGGAAACAGUGGCUUGUAGAAAACUGCAGAAAGCUAUCUGGACUCCUGCGUCAAAAGAAUGUGGUUCUCAACAAACUAAAAAGUGCAAUAAGAGCAGUGGAAAAGGACCCACAGCUGUCAGUUGAAGAAAGGACUUUUCAGGUCCACACAUUUGAAAUUUUUCAAAAAGAGCUCAAUGAAAGUGAAAACUCUGUCUUUCAAGCGAUCCAUGGACUCCAACGGGCGCUACAAGGUGAUUACAAAGAUGUCGUGAACAUGAAGGAGAGCAGUCGGCAGCGACUGGAAGCCUUGAGAGAAGCUGCAAUAAAGGAAGAAACGGAAUAUGUUGAACUUCUAGCAGCAGAGAAGCACCAAGCUGAAGCCCUGAAAAACAUGCAGCAUCAAAAUAAAAGCCUAUCCAUCCUUGAUGAGAUUCUUGAAGAUGUAAGGAAAGCAGCUGAUAGACUGGAAGAAGAAAUAGGAGAGCAUGCUUUUGAUGACAACAAGUCAGUGAGGGGAGUAAAUUUUGAAGCCGUUUUGAGAGUGGAAGAGGAUGAAGCAGAUACAAAAAGAAACAUUUCAAAAAGGGAAGUGGAAGAUGAUUUGGGUUUAAGUAUGCUUAUUGAUUCACAAAACAAUCAAUACAUACUUACAAAGCCUAGAGACUCAACCAUUCCACGUGCUGACCAUCAUUUUAUAAAGGAUAUUGUGACCAUAGGAAUGCUAUCCUUGCCUUGUGGCUGGCUGUGUACAACAAUAGGUUUACCAACUAUGUUUGGAUACAUUAUUUGUGGAGUGCUCUUGGGACCAUCAGGAUUAAACAGUAUCAAGUCAAUUGUCCAGGUAGAGACACUGGGAGAAUUUGGUGUAUUCUUCACAUUGUUCCUGGUGGGCUUGGAGUUUUCUCCUGAAAGGCUAAGAAAGGUGUGGAAGAUAUCAUUGCAAGGACCCUGUUACAUGACACUUCUGAUGAUUGCAUUUGGCUUACUGUGGGGACAAUUGCUACAAAUUAGAGCCACACAGAGUGUGUUCAUUGCUACUUGUUUAUCAUUGUCAAGCACACCAUUGGUAUCCAGAUUCCUUGCAGGGAGUGCUCGGGGUGAUAAAGAAGGAGACAUAGAUUACAGCAGUGUUCUGCUUGCAAUGUUGGUGAUGCAGGAUGUACAACUUGGCUUGUUUAUAGCAGUCAUGCCAACUCUAAUUCAGGCUGGAGUUGGCACGCAUUCCAGCAUUAUCAAGGAAAUAAUGAGAAUAUUGAUGCUGAUUGGACAAAUUCUCUUUUCUUUGGCUGCUGCCUUGCUUAUAUGUCUUGUUUUAAAGACUUAUCUAAUAGGACCCUACUACCGCAAGUUACAUGUGGAAAGCAAAGGAAAUAAAGAAAUUCUAGUUCUAGGAAUAUCUGCUUUUAUGUUUCUUAUGCUAAUGAUCACAGAGUUAUUGGACGUUUCAAUGGAACUGGGAUGUUUUCUAGCAGGAGCACUUAUUUCUUCUCAGGGCCCCGUGAUUACUGAAGAAAUUAUGUCCUGUAUUGAGCCUAUACGGGACUUUCUUGCCAUCAUAUUCUUUGCAUCUAUAGGCCUUCAUGUUUUCCCUACAUUUGUAAUAUAUGAAAUCACAGUCUUGCUGUUCCUUACAUUUUCAGUGGUAAUAAUGAAGUUUUUCCUGGCAGUACUUGUCCUUUCUAUGAUUCUUCCAAAGAGCAGCCAGUAUAUCAAAUGGAUUGUGUCAGCAGGAUUGGCUCAAGUCAGUGAGUUUUCUUUUGUCCUGGGAAGUAGAGCACGCAGAGCGGGUAUAAUUUCUCGAGAGGUCUACCUCCUUAUACUGAGUGUGACGACUCUAAGCCUGUUACUUGCACCAGCCCUCUGGAAAGCUGCACUUAUGAAAUGUGUACCAAGAUCUGAAAGAAGAUUAAAUUUCUGAAGAUAUUUAGUACAAACAUUUCCAUGAAAGAAACAGCUUUAUAUUCAUUACAUUUCUUAUGAUUUCUUAUGCAGCAAAUGAAAAUACGUUUAUGUUCCCAGCUUAGUUAGAAGACUUACAUUUACAUUUCCCCCCACAAUUAAUAUUCUAAGUUUGGGAAUAUGGACGGAUAUAAUUUCUGACAAACUGAUUUUGUAGAACUUGGUUUUUAGAUGUCCACAAAUUCAGUAAUUGACUAAUGUGCCUUUUUGAUUAUUAUUUUCAGUCAGUGCAGAAAAUGUUAUUAACAUAUAUGGUGCCCAUGGUACUGUUUAAAGAAUUAUGUAAUGAGUUAGUAACCAAGUUUAUCAUCAGAAACAUUUUCAAUGCUAUGUAAACUUGAGUUUUUCCAUUCCAGGCUGGAAACUGUUUCAGCUGAAUAACGAAAUAUUUUUCCCCAAGUGUUAUUUGCUCUAAUUGAUGCAUCUUAAAUAAUGUAAUUAUUUGUAACUUUGAUAUCUUGUCAUAUUUGUGUUUUGACAAAUAAGUUUAUUGUGAUCAAGUGAUUUCUCAGUACAAGUACAGGUAUCAAAAAUUACUUGUAUUGAUCAUGCUAACUGUUCAAAACCAAAACACCUUAGAAUUAAAACUAUUUUUUGGAGGAUUCA